AUGAUAAGUUUCAAAAUUGAUCCUCCAUCUCAAGAAAAUGCAUCGGCCGCAUCAAAUGAUCAAUCAAAGUCGCAAGAAGAGGAGGAGACAAAACCGCAAGAAGAAAAAACGGAUCAAUCAAGUUCGCGUACAGACUCGCAAGAAUUAGAUAUAUCCAGCGAUUUGUUUAAUCCCUUAAAAGCCCUCUAUGCCAAAGAUUAUCGUAUUACGGUUAAGAAUCCGAAAAUAAUUUAUCAAAAUUUCGCAGCUUUCGAAAGCGCUCUAGCAAAAGUCGGCAUCUAUGGCCUAAAUAAGCCAUCCAAUAAGGAUGCAUUGCCAUCUACGAGCAAAGCUGGCGCUAAAGAGGAACCGUUGCGACGAUUCCAGAAUUAUCAAUUACCUGUUAAAAGUCAACCACAAAUGAAAAAAAGACGAAAUCUCUUCACACAAAUGACACAAUCCAAUGGACCAUUAAGUGAGCUAAAUAAGUAUAUAAGUAGUAAAUAUAAAGUACGUGUAAUUGUACGUAAAGAACAGGGUAUACGAGGCUAUGUCAUGGGAUUUCUUCAGUAUUUUGAUCGUCAUUGGAAUCUUUUAUUAACUGACGUAGAAGAAUGCUAUAAGCAACGAAAAUUCAAAUAUGCCGAUCAAAAACUGCCACUGCUGAAGACCCCGGAAGAUUGCAGCCGCCGUUUACGUAAACUGGGCCUAACGUUGCCUCUACAGAGUGCGAAAAGUUUGAAUCGAAAAACUGUUGAAAUUAAAAGACAUACACCACAAUUAUUACUUCGAGGAGAACAUGUAGUUUUGGUGCAACUUGAUAAUAAGGAACCCCAAUGAAUACAUACCAAUUUAUAAAAUAUAUCGU